UGUCAGAGCUCUGACAGUCAGAUCACUCAGAGCCCCACGUGUUUUGUUUUUAUUUUCCGGCAGUGUGUUCAGGACGAGAUUUUUGUGUGAAAAAAGUGGAAAUUAUUGAGGGAAAUCCAUCAGGAUGGUGUCUGUUGGGAAGGAAAAUGACCUUCUUGUGUUCAAAGGAAGCAACUUCCUGAAACAGCGACUUUUGCUUGCAACACUGAGCGGGAAACCCGUGAAGAUCAUCAACAUUCGCAGUUUUGAGCAUCCUCCAGGAUUGCGGGAGUACGAGGUGAGCCUCAUUCGACUCCUGGACAAAAUCACCAACGGGACACGCAUUGAGCUCAAUGAGACAGGAACAGGGGUUGUCUAUGAGCCUGGAUUGCUCUUUGGUGGCACCUUGAUGCACGAUUGUAGCCUCCAGCGAGGGAUUGGGUACUAUUUGGAUGUCCUCCUGGCUCUCGGACCAUUCUGCAAGUCUCCGCUCAAUGUUACCCUCAGAGGAGUGACAAACAGCAAAGAAAGCCCUUCAGUGGAUCACAUUCAAUCAUCAGCUAUGCCAAUCCUCAAGCGCUUCCUCAUUGUGGACGAUGGGCUGUCUUUCAAAGUCCUCAAACGGGGGAUGAUGCCAAAUGGAGGUGGAGAAGUACUGUUCAAAUGCCCCGUCCGGAAGAAUUUACACACAUUGCAACUCCAGAAGUCGGGAAUGGUGAAAAGAAUCCGUGGUGUUGUCUAUGCAUGUCGUGUGUCACCAGCUCUGGCCAAUCGUACCGUUGAAGCAGCCAAGGGAGUCAUGCUGAAAUUCCUUCCGGACGUCUACAUUCACACAGAUCAAUCAAAGGGCAAAUCAGCCGGCAAUAGUCCGGGGUUUGGAAUAAAUCUCGUUGCUGAAACCACCGAUGGAUGCUUCUAUGCCGCAGAGACGGUGUCCAAUCUCAUCAAGGACGGAUCAGAGCCAUCAGUUCCUGAGGAAUUGGGCAGAGAAACAGCUCAGAAGCUCCUGGAAGAAAUCUUCAGAGGUGGAUGCGUUGAUUCCACAUUUCAGUGGCUUGUAACACUCUACAUGGCACUGGGUCAGAAGAAUGUGGCUAAAUUCCUCACAGGACCCCUCUCGGACUACACCAUUCACUUCCUUCAGCAUCUCCGGGAGUUUUUCUCCAUUACUUUUAAAUUGGAAAAUUUCGCUGAGGAGGAGGAGGAUGAUGCGGAAGCGCAUCCAGAGACAGCUCCCAAAAUUCUCAUGACUUGUGUAGACCACCCUGAAGUUUUUGGACACCCGUAUGUUUUUGGACAAAAUCGUCGACUAAAUGAGCCGAUGUCGCAUGUGUCAAAAAUUUUCAAAAAUUUAUUUUUUUCAUAUUUUUCAUAAAAAUAAUUAAAUAAUAAUGUAAAUAAACAAGAAAAUGUCCA